GUCAGAGAGGAGGCGGGACUUCUCUCCCGGAAGUGAUCCACGUGCUUCCGUCGUGGUGUACCAGGGCCCCUGAAGAGUUGGUACAGUCACGUUGCCCGCGGUGGUGCCCAGGGCGCGGUGGCCCGCUCCAGGCUGUGAACCAGGUCUCCCGCGGGACCGGGCUCGAUGGACCCGCUCCGGGCCCAGCAGCUGGCAGCGGAGCUGGAGGUGGAGAUGAUGGCCGACAUGUACAACAGGAUGCUGCUGAUGCCACCUCACCCCGCCUCCCCCAGAAUGACCAACGCCUGCCACCGGAAGUGUGUGCCACCCCACUACAAGGAGGCAGAGCUGUCCAAGGGUGAGUCCGUGUGCCUGGACCGGUGUGUCUCCAAGUACCUGGACAUCCACGAGCGCAUGGGCAAGAAGCUGACCGAGCUGUCCAUGCAGGAUGAGGAGCUGAUGAAGAGGGUGCAGCAGAGCUCAGGGCCCGCGUGAGCCCAGCAGUAUGCUUCAGGUGGCCUGAGUGUGGCCGAGUUUCUGUGUAUAUGUGUAUAUAUUAAACGUGCUUUUGAUGCCUA